AAUCAGUUGCUCGGGACCUUUUUUUUUUUCAAGCAAUAACAGAUCAAUCCUUGGAUUUAUCAUUAUAAUUCACUCUUUUCUCUCUUCUCUAACAAAAAGUCAUGGCUGAAUUCGUUAAACUCUCUAUCUUUGGUACUGUCUUUGAAGUCACAACAAGAUACGUUGACUUACAGCCUGUGGGCAUGGGUGCUUUUGGUCUUGUUUGUUCUGCCAAAGACCAAUUGACUGGAAUGAAUGUCGCUAUCAAGAAAAUCAUGAAACCAUUCUCCGCUCCCGUCUUGGCCAAAAGAACUUACCGUGAAUUAAAGCUAUUGAAAGCGUUGAUGCAUGAAAAUAUUAUCAGUCUAAGCGAUAUUUUCAUUUCUCCUUUGGAAGAUAUUUAUUUUGUCACAGAAUUACUUGGUACAGACUUGCAUCGUUUACUUCAAUCUCGACCAUUGGAAAAGCAAUUCAUUCAAUACUUUUUAUACCAGAUUUUGAGAGGUUUAAAAUAUGUUCAUUCUGCUGGUGUGAUUCAUAGAGACUUGAAACCUAGUAAUAUCCUCAUCAAUGAAAACUGUGAUCUCAAGAUUUGUGACUUUGGUUUGGCUCGUAUUCAAGAUCCUCAAAUGACAGGUUAUGUGUCCACCAGAUACUACCGUGCACCUGAAAUCAUGUUGACCUGGCAAAAAUACGAUGUUGCUGUGGAUAUUUGGAGUGCUGGUUGUAUCUUUUCUGAAAUGUUGGAAGGAAAACCAUUAUUCCCUGGCAAAGAUCAUGUUCAUCAAUUUUCUAUUAUUACUGAAUUACUCGGUACGCCACCCGAUGAUUUAAUUGCUACUAUCUGUAGCGAAAAUACACUUCGUUUCGUGAAAAACUUGCCUAAACGUGAACCUAUUCCAUUCAGCCAACGAUUUGCUGGUCAAGAUCCUCAAGCUAUUGAUUUGUUGGAAAAGAUGCUUACUUUUGACCCUCGUAAACGUAUUACUGCCGAAGAAGCAUUGGCCCAUCCUUAUUUGGCACCUUACCACGAUCCUACUGACGAACCUACUGCACCAGAAAAGUUUGAUUGGUCAUUUAAUGAAGCUGACCUGCCUGUGGACACAUGGAAAGUCAUGAUGUAUUCCGAGAUUUUAGAUUUCCAUAAUGUAGACAGUACAGAUAGCAUCAGUAAUUACUUGGGCACACCACUCACAGGUCCUAUCAUGGAGGGACAAGAAGCUGCUUAUAUGCAACCUCAACCCCAAUAAAUUCCUAUAUAUAUAUAGCUUUAAUUCUUUGAAUAAAAUGUACUUUAUACACUAUGA